GUUCAUUAAUUAAAAAAAAAAAAAUCAAAACCCUCGCACUCUCUCUCUCUCUCUCUCUCUCUCUCUCUCUCUCAUGGAGCUCUACUGUCGCUACUACAGCAACACCCAUCUCUCUCCUCCGAAGAACAGCACGAAUCUCAAAGCAAAUCCAUCCCCAGCUAGUAGGAGGAGAUCCAAAUACUCGGGACAAUCCAUCAGAGCAAUACCUAUACGUAUAUUAACCGUUGGAAAGAAGAGGUCUCAAGGGAUCCAACUUAUUGUUGAAGAGUACAAGGAGAAGCUCAAGUACUACUGUGGCGUUGAGGAUGUUCUUAUUAAAUCUAAUCCAAAAACCACAAGCGACAUGAAGGCCCAGAUUGAAGCAGAGGACGCGGCUAUGAUGCAACACAUCAAACCUGAAGAUUGGGUCGUCAUGUUACAUGAGAAUGGAAGAGAGAUUAAUUCUGAGCAAAUGGCUGAUUUGUUAGGAGAUGCGGGAAAAACGGGAUCGUCAUGCCUCACAUUUUGUAUCGGUGGCCCAUACGGUCAUGGGCCGCUAGUGCGCGAGCGUGCUGACGCGGCAAUUAGAUUGUCCUCACUGGUUUUGAAUCACCAAGUUGCGUUAGUAGUCCUGGUGGAGCAACUUUACAGGGCGUGGACUAUUGUUAAAGGGCAAAAAUACCACCACUAACACUUCUUAUUUUAGCUAUUAGAAUCUUCUCAAUCAGAGAAACGAGCCCGUUGCAGCAUAUCUCUUCUUGAUGAUGUUCCGGGAUGCGCACGAUGUGAUACUAUACAAAUCUGAAGGCCCUUGCAUGCAAACUUUGCAACGCUAAAGUUGUAUAGCCGUAAUGGAUUUCGAGAGUCGCGAGCGCAGAUGAAGCAAACAGUAGGGAAAGAAUAGCAGGGGAAAGUUGAAACUCAGCUUGAAAUCUUAUAGAUGGAUCUUUGACUGAGAAAUUUAUGGAUAGAUCAUACUAGGAAAAAUGUGAAGAACCUCUAAAUUACAAUAUCUGUAUUAGAAAAUCAGAAGAGUUUGUUCAAAUUUAAUCUGUUGCAUAUUCAUUUUUUAAUUUGAAACUCGAGAGGCGCCUGUUGGUUUGAUCCAAAUGGAGUCGAUUUGAUUUUCAGUGUUGGUAUUAUCCGAUUUGAUUUUC